AUGGCUGCCUCCACCCUGUCUGUCUGCUCCAGCGACCUGAGCUAUGACUGUCCAGAGAGCUGCUGCGAGCCCCCCUGCUGUGCCCCCGGCUGCUGCGACCCGGCCCCCCGCCUGACCCUCCUCUGUGCCCCAGUGAGCUGCCAGUCCAGCCCCUGCUGCCAGCCAGCCUGCAGCAGCUCCUGCCCAGCCUUGGGCUGCCAGCAGUCUAGCUGCCAGUCCUCCUGCUGCACCUCCUCCCCCUGCCUGCAGGCCUGCUGUGAGCCCGUCUGCUGCAGGCCUGUCUGCUGCAGGCCCGUGUGCUGUGAGGCCUCCCCCUGCUCAGCCCCAUCCUCCUGCUGCAAAUCCUCCUCCUCCGUGUCCCUCCUCUGCCGCCCCGUGUGCCGCCCCGCCUGCUGCAUCCCCGCCUCCUCCUGCCAGCCCAGCUGCUGCCGCCCGGCCUCCUGUGUGUCCCUCCUCUGCCGACCCGCAUGCUCCUGCCCCGCCUGCUAUGUGCCCACCUCCUCCUGCCAGCUCUCCUGCUGCACCUCCUCCCCCUGCCAGCAGGCCUGCUGUGAGCCCGUCUGCUGCAGGCCUGUCUGCUGCAGGCCCGUGUGCUGUGAGGCCUCCCCCUGCUCAGCCCCCUCGUCCUGCUGCAGACCCUCCUCCUCCGUGUCCCUCCUCUGCCGCCCCGUGUGCCGCCCCGCCUGCUGCGUCCCCGCCUCCUCCUGCCAGCCCAGCUGCUGCCGCCCGGCCUCCUCCGUGUCCCUCCUCUGCCAGCCCGCGUGCUCCCGCCCCGCCUGCUAUGUCCCCAUCUCGGCCCCAGAGCCCUGCUGCUGA